GCGACGCCGUUCUUGGGCUUGUCCAGACACCACGGAAAGGUAGGGAAGGAACGCGAUGUUAUUGCCAGUUCAGUAUUGGUGUCCGAUCUACCUUCAGCUACUGCGACCUUCUUUGGCCGAUCGGAGGAGCUCGCUUUGAUGCGAGACCACCUCGAUCCUCUCAAGCCUGGCAGAAAGGGCAUGGUGCUCUUUGGUCUGGCAGGCUCUGGCAAAACACAGCUGGCCCUCAAAUUUGUACAGGUCUUCGGAAAUCGCUACUCGGCGAUCAUUUGGAUCAAUGCUUCGAGCUCACCGCAACUAUCCCAGUCGCUCACAGAGGCAGCGGAUUUUAUCAAGGCAUCAUUGUGGCCAUCCAAGGACCACCCUAAUACAUACUAUGGCAAAGAAACGGCAAAGAUAGUAACCCCACGCCUUCGCUCGACGGUUCAUAAUCGAUGGCUCCUGGUGAUUGAUAGUGUCGAUGAUAUUGAGUCGACCGAUUUCAGAAAUCUGAUACCGGAGUGCAAGCAUGGCUCUACCAUCAUAACCAGCACUCGUCGCACGGCAGCCGAGCUAUUCGAGGCGGUCGGGUUUUCUUCCCGUGAUAUCGACAGCCUAGACGAUCUGAGCGCGACUCAACUCCUUCUUGCAAGCUCAAGUCCCCUGGUAGGCGCCAGUAACCAAAACUUUGCAGCGUACCAUGAAGAGCCUGGAAAAAUUGCCCGGGAGCUAUACGGUAUUCCACUUGCGCUCGAACAAGCCGGUGCUCUGAUUCGCAAGCGCAUCGUUAGCCUCGAAAGCUUCGUCGAAAGAUACCGCACACACUAUAAAGCCCUCAUGGCAAAGAGACCAGCCCGUGGCGCCACCUCGUAUGAGAAAGGACACUCGGUACUUUCGGUCAUGUCGUUGCUAUUCUUGAGUAUCCAAAAUGAAUCUCCUGAAUCCGCCCACCUUCUCGUCGUCUUAACCGUCCUCAGCCUACGGAAGAUUCCGCUAAGCCUUCUAAAAGAAACCUAUGUCGCAGUUACCGUCGGACAAACAGGCAAUUAGAUUGCGCAUCUUGCACCGCCAGAUUCAGAUGAAACAAUUCUGAGGCUUAACGUUUCUGACUUGGUUGAUGUAUGCCUUGUGAAGCUCGAAGAGGCUCAAGGUCAAAAAGACGAGUUUCUCUCGGUCCACGGCCUUGUUUGUCAAUGGAUUGUGGACAUGCUAUUGCCAGAUCACGAAGUGGACCUGGCCCGCGUUAUUGAAGGCGUGAUCAGAUAUAUAUUGACAUCUGAGGACAGCCACAUGGCUCCAUAUCGGCCAAAGUACGAGCCGGUCAAGCAAGCAUACUAUCCCGUCCUAUGCCGAAGCAUCAGAAUUGCCGACAAGCUCAUGGGUGCUGAUAUCACGUCGCCUGAGAGCCCAUUUCGCA